AUGACAUACAUCCCAAGGGUGACACAACAGGCACCACAAACAGAGCCUCAAAUCCCUCCACAACACCCUCUGAAUCAACAACCCACGCCGACCCAGAACCCCUUAUUCAGCCUCCAUCACCCCUCAAAAAUCCUCAUCACCCUCUCAGUCACCUUCCUCGCCAUCAUCUCCCCCCUAUCAGGGCACAUGAACCUCCCUGCCCUCUCCGCCAUCUCUGUGGACCUACACAUGUCCAUGUCGUUAACAAACCUGACAAUAACAGUCUACACCUUUGUCUCAGGGCUGACACCGUCCCUUAUCGCUCCGUUUUCUGAUUCCUAUGGCCAACGACCGGUGUAUCUUUUCUCUUUGGCGUUGUGCGCACUGUCUAACAUAGGGCUUGCGCUGCAAUCCUCCUUUCCGGCCUUGAUAUCGCUAUUAUGUGUCCAAGCUGCUGGAGCUGGGGUCACAAUCUCCCUGAGGAGUGCAGUCGUAGCGGACAUGAUCGCCAUAGCCGAAAGGGGAAAAUACAUCGGCUAUGCUGCGCUGGGGUUGACUCUCGGUCCUGCUCUUACACCGAUGCUGGGAGGGAUAAUGACGGAGUAUCACGGCUGA